AUGGGCCGGCAGGGACUCCUCUAUGUUCUGGCUCUGAGUAUUUUCCUUUGUUUCUGCAAUGCAUUGCCUUCAGUGCCCGUUGCAACAGAUCCCAUCCUCUCAACUCUAACGGUAUCGACAGUUGUACCAUCUUUGGUGACGGUCUACUCAGUCGUUCCCGCGACCGACGCGGCACCGAAUGCUCUGGCGACAAUUACCACCACGAUCGAUGGCCUCCCAACAACAGUAACAUCAACUGCAGUGGUAGCUGGUUCGAUAACUAGUACGAUCGUCUCGACCGUCUCUUUGACUACAAAUCAAGUGGUCGUCAGUAUCAUCGGCUAUUCAACAGUUUUCGGUCCAGAUCCGAUCGCCACGACAACUGCUUCUAGUGUAUCUCCUGCAACGGCAGCAUCUACGUCAGACACACCUUCAUUGACCAUUACAUCUGCAUCGGAAACGUUGCCGACUACUGCCUCUGUCCAAGCAACCAGCGCCUCAACGACCUCGAGUGACACGUCUACAGCGUUAGCAUUCACAGCAAACCAACCCAGUUCAUCAGCAGCAGUCACCGGAACCAGUGCUCCGUCACAAGCGUCACACUCUUCAUCUUCAUCCAAAGGACUCACCGCGGGUGCCAAGGCUGGGAUCGGCAUUGGUGUUGCUAUAGGAGUCAUCUUGCUAGUAAUUCUGUCGUUUUUGCUUGGUCAGCGAUAUUCACGCCGUCUCAACGGGCUAGCGAAGGCCAAUACCGAUCUAACCGGCGCCGAUGAAAAGGACAUAUUCCAAGCUGGUCGCCCUUAUGAGUCCACCGGGUCCAAGCACCAUUCUCUGGGACUGUCUGCUACCAAGGGGCCAGCGUCUUCCAUGAACACUACGGCAAUAGGUAGUGGUUCGGAAUCUGUGAGCGGCAGGUCCUACGACAUGCCGCUUUCAGACUCUUCAAACAAUCGUGUGAACAACCCGGAACUAUCGGCUUUGCCUCCAAUCGAAAAUGAAGACCAGCCCAUGUAUGUCGGUGUUCCCUCGCACAUGUCGGGUUCGAAACGUUGGAGUAUGAAAGAAUAUAUGAAAUGA